AGAGAGAGAGAGAGAGAGAGAGAGAGAGAGAGAGAGAGAGAGAGAGAGAGAGAGAGAGGUGACUGUAGAGUGAUGGGACCCGGCUAAGGGAACAGCAGCGAGUGAUCACUCUCCGAGCUGCUAAUGACAGGUAGACAGAUGUGAAGGAUGACGUCUUGCUCAGAGAUCUGUGGGUCGGAGUAUGCUGAGCAAGCUCAAGCCAGCGGGAACUGCCAGCAGUAUGGAGUCCGCUCCUACCUACACCAGUUUUACGAGGAGUGCACGGCUUCUAUCUGGGAACGCGAUGAAGAUUUUCAGAUUCAGAGAUCGCCUAGCAGGUGGAGCUCUUUACUCUGGAAGGUCUGUCUUGCGUUCGGCACCCUGAUCAUGUUCGCAGGCCUCAUUGUUGUUUUGGUGGGUUACGCCACUCCAGCCAGGAUCGAAGCGUUUGGCGAGGACGACCUCCUUUUUGUUGACAGCCACGCGGUCAGUUUCAACCGCGCGCUGGAUGUGUGUAAGCUGACCGGAGCCGUGCUGUUCUGUGUAGGAGGCACCUCCAUGGCCGUGGGUCUCCUGCUGUCUGCCUUUGCCAAAAGCUACUCCAAAGAAGAAUUGUAUCUGCAGCAGAAGUUUAAGGAGAGGUUGGCAGACCUGCACGCAACAGUUGGUACCCCCAUAAUGAGAGCGCCGACCCCCGGAGAGGGAAAAGUUCCAGUCACACUUUCCAAAGUCCAGAACAUCCAGCCGACGACCACAAAGUCAGAGACCUGACAGAAGUCCACAUGAAGGCAUACAGUGAAGACGUGUGUGUGAUGAUCGAUUGGUGUGCAGAUUGUGCGUGAGUGUCGAUUCCAUGUGUGCAUUUUCUCUUCUGAAAGGUCAGCUUACGUGACUGAUAGUAUUGGUUUCUUAAUCUUUGUUUGCUGUUUGCAAUUAAAGCGGGUUCUCAAGGUUAUAUAGGCGCAGAGUUCACAUAGCUGAGCAAAGUUUAAGUCUGCCGUUUGAGCACCAGGUCUGGAAGCCCCACCCAGAAACUGAACCAGAAAACAAAUCAAUAACACACAGCCGACGAGCAACAACAUCAGAGUUUCUCUGUUGAGAGGUUUGGCAAUUUGUAAAAGGGAGAACGGUGCUCAUGCUGGAGGGCGUGCAGCAGCAGAUGCAGUGUUUGAAGUCCGUGAUGAUUGACCCCCACAUGCAGAAAUGAUCAAAAGAAGUGCAGAACACAAAAACCAUUAUCUCUGCCGCGUGUGUCAAAGGACAACGCGGGAUUGAGUGUGUCUAUGUGCGCAGUGCUUUGUGUGUACAGUGUGUACAUGCAUGUGAGAGCUGUCAAUCAAAAACCGCACAAUGCGCCCUACACAAGCUUUGCUUUAUCAAUACUUCUUUUAUGUACUGUUUACACGCAACAACGGGCCAAGAGCAGUCUCGACUGAGACUCGGUGUGGAGUUGAAACAUCAUCAGAACAGAUUAGAGGGAAAAGCAGAUUAGACAACAGACCUAAAGGGGAGCUUUCACACUGACAUUUUCUCCUGCCUCGUUAGGCCCCCGACCUUGUCUCCUUCAGUGAAUCUUCAGACAGACCAGACACACUGACAAAUGUCUACAUGUCUAUAGCCUGUCAGUUUAAAAAAAAAAAAAAAACAUAACCAAACAGAUAUCUGUCUCAUCACUUUGUUUGUUUUCUUUUCUUUCGCACUCCAUUACCCCUCUGACUGCCCCUCGCUCUCUGUCGGUGACGAGUGCCUCGCAAUCCAAGCGUGAACGUUUUUUGCAACGUUCUGAAUCAAACUGUUGUCGGUUCAGAGUCGUUAGCUGGUGAAAAAAAUUGGUGCAGGUGCUGCGUGUUAAAACGAAGCGGCGCCUCGGGAGAGACAAACAACGUGACAGGAGUGUUACACAACGGGGGGGGGGGGUUGGGGCACACUCCGCUUUUUGCGUGCGCACCGUCGCUUUCAGUCAGUCUGGAUCCGCAGAUGUGUUCGAUACAAUAACUGCCUUCCACGUGAAACUUGAAAUUAGACUAGUUUGAAGUAAGCUGAACUGUAUGCAGCUUUCAACUGGCUGCAUAUUCAGUCACAUAGUACCCUACAUGAAGUUACAUCAAGAAGGUUUUUUUCUUUUGUUUUACUUAUUCUGUAGAAGCUUUGCACUCACACACUGUAACUGACGUACAAGCACAACAAGCUGUUAAGAGACUGUAUUCACACGGCGGCCAUUUUCCUCCAUGAUGUCACUCUCAGGUUGAGAAGCAUGAAUUCUGGCUUAAUGCCAUGUUGCUCUGUUCUAGGUUAAAUAUUUCAUGACCCAACAGCUAAUGUUAGCAUUGACCAUUCCCCAGCUAACCUUGCAGUUCAAUCACAUCAAAUCUCGUUUCUUCCAGGUUUGUAGAGGUGCGUCCAAGAUGCACGCUGGUAUUUUACAAUUAAUUUCCCAGCUUUCUGCUCUUAUUGCAUUGAAGUAUCUCAAAGGUUAUGUUAGCUGGAAAGUAGCUGGAUGCUAACAUUAGCUGUUGUCUAACGGAAGACUACUGGUCAUCAAAUAUGUUGUUUUUCCUUGAAAUGUGGCCCGAUGCCCAGUGUCUUUUCCAGUGCUGAUCAAUGACAAAGUGGUGAACGAUAACAAUUUGCCGGACUACCUCCGUUUGUUUGACUUGCAAGCUGGAAGACAGCCUGACCACACCUGACACUCCCACCACCCUGAGCCUGAUGUCAGAGGAAGAUGGCCGCCACGAGAACAUGGUCGAUGGUCAUGUUUUGCUGCUUUUUGAAAGUUUUCGUCUAUAAUAUGUUAUAAAUAUAUUUUGACAUCUCUCGAUCAAGCCACUUUAAGCAGUUGUUUAUUGUUUGUUUACCUUCUGAAUUUAUUGUACUCAAACAUAAACCAUAUGAAUACAGCUACUUUUUUUCUUUUUUGAACUGUACUUGGUUAGAACAAUGUUAAAAGUGAUAGUCACAGUCCAAGUGCCAUCAGGCUACAUGCCUCCUACAAUGCAUCCAUGCUGCAAGUCCUUCCAAAAAAAAAAAAAAAAAAACCCAGCUGCUUUCUCCAUGAAAUAACAAAUUUGCUGCCUGCCUGCUGAGUGUUCAUGUAAGUUGACCUUUUAAUAUUAACCUCCACUUUUCUGUCUUUCUAUUUUUGCGUUGAACAAUUCUGUGAUGCCAUUUCGACACAUGUGGUCGCAGACACAACACGAACAGGUAGCGUUAACUGCGAAGAACAAUAUACUAACGUUUGGGACACUCACUCCACCACUUUUAAGCUGCAAACCUACAGUAUCGAAAAGAAGCUGUUAAAACAAGCCCUCUAGUGCAGUCAGAGCAUUAACAAGUGAUCAAUAAAUGUGCUGAUUUGUAGUUC